GAUCACAACAACUGGAAGCUAUUCAUUUCGCGAUUGGCGAUGUUUUGUGGAUAUUUUUUUGGCGGAGCAGCUGUAUUUAUGUUGAUCGAGAAAGGAGAUACGAAUUAUUCUCAUUUUAACAAGACUGCGCUCAUGGAAGAAUUAAUACGAAACGUCACAAACAAGUACAAUAUAUCGGUUGACCAGUUUGAAGAUCUUACCGAAGAAAUUCUGAAAAUAGCCAGUAAAAAGCCAAACGCACCUUGGAACUACUUUAAUUCUCUUUCGUAUGUCCUGCAUCUUCUAACUACAAUAGGAUAUGGUACCAUUACACCAAAGACAAAAGAAGGCCAAAUAGUCACAAUCUUUUAUGGCCUCUUUGGAAUACCACUGACUCUUCUGACAUUAAAGGCAAUGGGAUCUCAUUACAACGAAACCAUGAUGAAAAUCAUAACAGCAAUAGAAGUCAAGUGUCUCAAGCGAAACCAUGUCAAACAGAUGGAACUCAAGAUAGUUCUUUUCAACUUGUGUAUUACAUUUAUUUAUCUGUUUUUAUCUGCUUUGAAGUCGGUGUCAACAGACAAGUACACGUACCCCCAAUCAGUGUACGUUUGGUUCAUCACUAUGACAACCGUAGGAUUUGGAGACUUCGUUCCUAAAGUUGGUGCAGAUGGUACGUCUUUUUAUAAUAUUCUACUUGGUUUGUGUUUUAUGUCGGGAACUAUUGAUGCGAUGGUGUCAUAUCAAGAAAAAAAAGAUGGAGUAUCUAAGCCAAGUAGAUGGAGCUGCCUUUCCUGCUGUAACAGAAAAUCCUCCUCGCUGCAAAUUCAAUCAGCCAGCAACAAUACUAGUAAUCAAACAUCUAUUGAACUUAAAGGCGAAGAGUUAGUUCAUCCAAACAACAAGCAAACUCAAACCCCUGGGAUAUUUAAUCAUUUUGCACAGUAUGAUGAUUAAAAACAUCCACAAUAGUUUAAAUCCCAAAAAAGUCGUACAGUCGCCGUUAAGAUGAGAUGAUACAAACCACACUGCAAUAUACCAGACUAACCACAUCUAUCAUGCACAUAUAUCAAUUCAGUAUUUAUAUAUAUUAUUAGCAUUUUUAUCAUACAUUUGUGCUAGCUUUUUUGUGACCAGGUCUGCAUGACAAAACUCAAAACUUGUUAGCAUUGAGUUCUUGGAUAUCUGCAAUGUGGCGUCGAGCAAAAAUAUAAACAGACUGCAAGGGAAACCUUGCAUUUUGCGAAAUAACUAAAAGGAGUCUGUAAAUUUUCGCAAUUAAACUAUAGAAUUCACGAGCGGAAACUAAAAGGUGAUUACUUCAAAUUUGAAUGUACUACGUAUGAUGUUAUAUUCACGGG